UGUUUGCAUUGGGUCUGAGUAAACAUACUUCUGCAAAUGCACUUGAAGCCGCAGCCCUUGUCCAACACUACUUGUUUGGCUUGUUUUUCCUGACCUUUGGCAGGCUUGACGAGUGUAUAAAAUGACGCUCUCUCACUACUCGCUCAUCGACCGCUGCACUCAAAGCCAUUCAAGACUUCGUCAAACAGCUCUCAAGCAGCAGCCAUGACCCAGCUAGAGUCAGCGAUGGGCCUUUUGAUGAAAGUUUUCGAUACAUAUGCAAGUGGUGAGGGGAAAAGAGACACUCUAACCAGAAGUGAGACUAAAGCUCUCCUGCAGAAGGAGCUUCCUACUCUAAUGAAGGCUGCGAAAAACCCAGAGGAGCUGGAGAAACUUCUGAACGGCUUAGACUUUAAUGGAGACUCCGAGGUUGACUUCUCUGAAUUUGUGACGAUGAUCUCUGUUUUGACCAGCGUCUUGUAUGGCGGAACUCCUAAGAAGUGAGCUUGUGGAACGUGCCCGUGGGUGAAGCUGUUCUG